UCUCAUGCAAUUCUCGCCCACUCCCCGAUCUUGUAGCUUUACAUAGCCUUAUAAGCUCCGCCUCGCCGUUAGGUUUCCGCCACAAAGUCUUUGAAAUCCCUCUCCUUGUCUCUUGGAUUCAGGGCUCUCCGUCCGUUUCUAUUAUCUAGGUUUCCGUCUGGUUUAGGGUUUCCGGGAUCUCAGAUCUGGUUCUGGUUGGGGUUUCCAAACCCUAGCCCAUCCCUUUUCUCCGCUUUCAUCCUCUUUUUUUGGAUCUAUAUCUCCGAUUCACGCCGUCUUCUGAGGUUCCGGCGUGGGGAUUUCGGGGACCUCUGAAGGCGAGCUAGGGUUUCUCAACGCUUUUAGGAACCCCCUCUGCUUCUUUUGGGGGGGUAGCCGGGGCUCCGGCCUCGGCGGCUUUCAAAGCCCCCUUUCUCGAGGUCUGAUUGGAUUUUAGAUUUUUUUUUUCUUCUUUGAUUUUUGAGAUUCUUUAGAUCGAGAAGAAGAGAUGCCGGCCAUGGCAUGCGUUGAUGCAGCCGUUCCGCCCCUUGGAUACGGCUUCGCUUGGGAUGGCUCUCUUCCCGCGCCGGGGACAACCUUCCCCGGUGGUACUCCGUCACCGGCGGCGACGACCCCAACUGGCUUGCCGUGGUCCAUUGACCAUUCCGCCGCGCUGUACAAGAUCGAUGGCUGGGGUGCCCCCUACUUCACCGUCAAUGCUGCCGGGAAUAUCUCUGUCCGGCCGCAUGGUGCGGCCACGCUUCCCCACCAGGAGAUCGACCUAAUGAAGGUCGUCCAGAAGGCAUCCGACCCGAAGGUGUCCGGCGGCCUCGGCCUUCCUCUCCCGGUCAUCGUCCGCCUCCCUGACGUUCUCAAGGACCGUCUCGAAUCCCUCAACUCUGCGUUCGACUGCGCCAUCCGCUCCGCCGGUUACGGGGCACACUAUCAAGGCGUUUAUCCCGUUAAGUGCAAUCAGGACCGCUUCAUCGUCGAGGACGUUGUCCGCUUCGGUUCCCCGUUUCGCUUCGGCCUCGAGGCCGGAUCCAAGCCGGAGCUCCUUUUGGCCAUGAGCUCUCUCGUGAAGGGGAGCCCGGAGGCCUUCUUGAUCUGCAACGGCUACAAGGAUCACGAGUACAUCUCUCUAGCUCUUAUCGCCCGUACACUGGAUCUGAACACCGUCAUCGUUCUGGAGCAAGAAGAGGAGCUGGACAUGGUUCUUCAGAUGAGCCGCCGGCUGGGCGUCCGUCCUGUUGUCGGUCUUCGAGCCAAGCUUCGCACCAAACACGCGGGACAUUUCGGAUCGACCUCUGGCGAGAAGGGCAAGUUCGGGCUCACCACUGCCCAGAUCCUCUCGGUCGCCCGCAAACUCCACUCCCUUGAGAUGCUUGACUGUCUCCAGCUUCUGCAUUUCCACAUCGGUUCCCAGAUCCCGUCCACUGCUCUGCUCGCCGACGGCGUCGGCGAGGCUGCCCAGAUCUACUGCGAGCUCGCCCUUCUCGGGGCCUCCAUGCGCGUCAUUGAUGUUGGCGGGGGCCUCGGCAUUGACUACGACGGUUCGCACUCCAGCGGCUCAGACAUGUCUGUGGGCUACGACCUCGUGGAGUACGCUUCCGCCAUCGUCCGCUCCAUCCAGUUCGCCUGCGACCGCAAGUCCGUGCGACACCCUAUAAUCUGCAGCGAGAGUGGCCGUGCCCUCGUUUCUCACCACUCUGUUCUCAUAUUCGAAGCGAUAUCGGCUGCCUCCCCUGAUCAGGCUUCCAUCGAGCCCAAUCUCGCAUACCUCUUCGACGCCUUAUCUGAUGAAUCGCGCGCCGACUACCGGAACCUGAUGGCGGCGGCGGUGCGCGGUGAGUAUCAAACUUGCGUGAUGUACGCUGAACAGCUAAAGCGGAGGUGCGUGGAUGAGUUCAAGGAAGGCCUGCUUGGCCUAGAGCAUCUUGUGGCCGUGGACGGUCUCUGCGACCUUGUCUCCAGAGAGGUGGAUUCCGCCGACCCUGUACGCACCUACCACGUCAACCUCUCCAUCUUCACUUCCAUGCCGGAUUUCUGGGCCAUUGGCCAACUGUUUCCUAUCUUGCCCAUCCACCGCCUGAACGAGCGACCGGUCGUCAACGGCAUCCUAUCCGACCUCACCUGCGACAGCGAUGGGAAGCUGGACAAGUUCAUCGGGGGUAGUUCCAGCCUUCCGCUGCACGAACUCGGUUCAAACCCAUCGGAAGGUUAUUUUCUCGGAAUGUUUCUCGGAGGUGCUUACCAGGAAGCGCUGGGAGGCUUGCACAAUCUCUUCGGCGGGCCGAGUGUGGUUCGUGUCUCACAGUCCGACGGUCCACACUGCUUUGCUGUGACCCGCGCGGCACCUGGACCAUCGUGCGCGGAUGUUCUGCGGAUGAUGCAGCACUCUCCGGAGCUAAUGUUUGACGCGCUGAAACACCGCGCGGAGGAGCACGUUCCGGUGGACGGCGUGGAGUCACUAGCAUGCGGGCUUGCUCGCGCGUUCGGGUCCAUGCCAUAUUUAGUGGGCGCUGUUGGGAUGUCUGGGGACGACAACUCGGACGAGUCUCAAGUUGAUGGCGGGUGCGUGGAGGAGGACGAAGAAGAGUGGGAGUGCAUGCGGUGCCUCAACGUGUGAGAGACGUGAAGGUAACGUAACGUAUCAUCAUCAUCACUACCACCAUCCAAAUGAACAUCUUUUCUUGGUUCUAUUUCAGAGUUGUUUAUUAGUAUGUGGUCGUGGUCGUCGUCAUCGUCUAGUUCUUCUUUUUCUUCGUCUUUUGGUUGCUGCUAAGUUAUUUUUAUGUUUCAUUUUAAGUAGAGGGGUUCUUUCAGUAGAUUCCAUCCCAUCUUUUAUUGUCAACAAGGUGGGUUCUAUAUCUCUUCUCUCCCCCCUUUGAAAUGAAAUGAAUUGAAUUUAAAUAAA